AUGUUCCAUGCUAGUAACGAAAGAACCACCGGCGAGCCGGCUGGGGGGUCUUCCAUCCCAUCAUAUUGGCUUCUCCGUUCUUUCUGUCUGUUUCCGGAUAAUCAAAAUGGGACCUACGCAAGAAUACCAACAGAUAUAACUCCGCCACUUUCGCUAAACACAGUAGAUUCCUAUUUCAUCCGAGAAGCACUACCUACUUCUCUCAGAGCAGUAUAUAUACACGUCGUACUGCCUAACCUCUUACACCAGGACCUCAUCAGCAAAGUCUUCGUCGUGCCUGUGCUCUCACAGCAAUGCUCAGCUACCGUGACCGUGACCGUGACUGUAACAGCUGGAACUAGUACUCCCACUUCCAGCUCGACCUCGACGACAUCCCGUAGCAGUACGACAUCUCGCAGCACUGGAUCGAGCGAUCCAUGGUGGUUGCAAAACAUGCCACAUAUUGGUACCGCCGCUUUCAACGCCAACCCAAGCACGUACAAGGUAUACCGUAACGUGAAAGACUAUGGAGCAAAGGGUGAUGGUGUAACCGACGACACUGCUGCCAUCAACGCUGCUAUUUCUGCCUUCUACUAUACCGCCCUUGUUGGUAACCCCAAGAACCGUCCUACAAUCACUGCCGCUGCCUCUUUCACUGGCAUGGCUGUCAUUGAUGCCGACCCCUACGUCGCCAAUGGACAGUACUGGGUCAACCAAAACAACUUCUUUAGGGCUGUCCGUAACUUCAACAUUGAUCUCACUAGGAUGCCUGUGUCGAGUACUGCGACGGGUCUCCACUGGCAAGUCUCUCAAGCCACUUCGCUGGCCUUUGUCAAGGUUAUCAUGUCUCAAGACCCAUCGACGAACCACCAAGGUAUCUUCAUGGAGAACGGUUCUGGAGGUCUCAUGAGCGACCUGGAAUUCGUUGGAGGCCGUCUCGGUGUGUUUGUUGGAAAUCAACAUCAGGAAUGUCAAGUUCUCCAACAACCAGAUAGCCAUUCAGGCAAUUUGGAACUGGUGGGUCUGAUCCUAGUCUUCUCGGGAGUUCUG